AAAACGCCUACAAGGGAGUUAGUUGCUGUAAUUCUCAUGUUUGGUGCCAUUUUUAAUGUAAACAUGGAAAGUAUGUUUAUCAUCGAUUAGGCAAACGCUGCGGUCUCGCUCUCUGCUAACAGCAGUCCGGUGGGGUCUCCUGAAUCUGUCGCUCUCGUUUUUUGUUUUUUUCAUUUAAACCACUUUUGCAAAGUUAAAUGUUUCGUUUAAGUACAUCGAUAUGUGUAGUGCAUUGAAAUGUGUUUUCAACGUAAGGAGUUAACCGUAUAAAAUACAUGCAAGUGUUUGUGCGUCGGUUUUCAAACGCGUUUACACAAGAGUCUCUAAGAACGUGACAUGUAUUUUACAUUAUUCGCGUUCAUUUCACUGGAUCUACUUUGUUCAUUGAAAUGAAAAAAGCCGGCUCCAAGUCUGAAGGACAACGGUCUUCAUUGUCGUGGUGAAACGACCCCCCUUUUUUGUCGUGUAACUUACGUAGAACUUGCGCAUUUAAAUUCACAAUGCAGUGCAAUUUAUAUGUAUAUUUUUUAUCACUGCUUCUGUUAGUUUCAGCGGCGGUAAUGGAGGCUGUCAUUGCUGCUUCGGGAUUGCUCUACUUUCUGUUGUCACGUUUAUGUUCUCCAUACGUUAAUGGAGAUGUUAUGAUGGCUGCAAGCGUUCAAACAGAACAAAAAGCUGGACUUCCUUUACGUGUCAAAAUAAAAAAUGAACGACCUAACUUGUAUUAUCAGAUAAACAAAGCACACAUAUAAGAAAUGAAGCUGUUUUAGUUUCUGUUUUUUUUUUUUUUUUGCUUGACAAAUGAAAUUUAUAAACAGUUACGACUUGUGAAUUUGUUAUGUUUAUUUGUUGCUUAGUGUCUAUAUUAAUGCAAACUUCAUUGAAUGAAGGGUUUCUGGGUGGUUAUGCCAUAUCCUCGCUUUAGAGUGCUGGAGACUCAUCAAAAAAUAUGGCAAACCUUUUAAUAAGCCUACUAUUUCUAUUAAAUAUUCUAACAAAUAUUGUUCUGUCAUUUCUGAAUGAAUCAGUUUUUCUGAUUAAUUGUAAAUGGUGAUAUUUCUAAACAGUGCUGCUAUCUUGCCAGAUCCCUCUUGAAAAAGAGAUUAUAGAUCUCGGCUAGGUUUAAUCUGGCUUUACACGUCUAUGGCAGAACAUGUGUGCAAGUUAAAUAGAUUAAUUUUAUAAUCACUCUACCACUGUAAAUUCAUGAGCGCUUUUAGAAAGAUAAAUGUAUGAAGAAUUCAUUGAAGAUUAGUAAGAGCUAAACCGGGUAUUGGAAAAAGUAUCUGCCCAGUUUUUUUGGGUCACUUGGUAGAUAUUUUGUUCCAAUUACUGCCUAACAUGAGAUUAUUAAUUAAUGGUACUCAAAUUAAAGACAGAUUUUUUUGUCUUCAUUUUUUUUCGAUGUGAGCUCAUACUACUGUAAAACAUUGCAUAUUUAUGGGUUGCCAUUUGUUUGGCCAGCAAUAGAAAUAUUGGGAGGGGAAAAAGCUUGGGUGGGAGGAAGAUAAGAAUUAGAUUAACCCCAUGUCUUGUUAGCUGAAUAACUUUAAAUAACACCCAUGGUGACAAUCUUAAAAUAAUAUUAAUAAUGACAAGAAAACUAUUGAAUCUGGCAUGUGGUUAUUAAAUUAAAAUUAUUUGAAUACUGAACUUAAGGAUUGCUUUUCUGUUAUUCGAUUUAUGAAAUUGUAAAAAAUAAUGACUUUUGGGAUAAUGUCUGUUAUUUGAGAUAAACUAACAUGGUGGCUGUUCUGCUAAUGUGUAGGGAUGUCAAUGUGUAUCUUUCUGUCAUAUUAAAAUUUGAGGGACAGCUUAAUUAUAUGUAGUAUUGUUAUUACUCUUUUUUACUCAUCAAAUUUUAAUUUAUUUUAUUUGUGUUACAUUUUUUUUAUUAAAUCAGGAAGAAUAAAACUUUGUAUGAAUUAGUCCAAAACACCAAACAAUGGUAUUAUAUUAGGCUGUGGCCACAGUUUUUUUCCCUCAUGCCAGCAGACAGGCUUCAUAGGAAACAAAUUCAUAUGUUUAAUUGUUUUUUGUGGUUUCUAAACAUCUGACCUAAUUUCAUUACUUUAGGCAUUUCUAAUGCCAUUUAAACAAGGAUGUAAUGAACACAAAAUACCUGAAUUAUUAACGUGACAAUUUUCAUGUUGUCAUAUUAAAAUGUUAAUAGACUAAACGAAUUACUGCAAUUGGUGCUUCGUGACCUAUAUUGAGAACUCAACAUAAAUUUUUAGGACAUUUUUUUCCAGAAGCUUUUCUUUUGAAGUCUUAAACCUGAAGCGUCCGGUCUAGCUCCGCGCUGCUCCGUUUUUCCUUUGCGGAUGUAGUUCCAACGGUGACACGCAGGUGGUGAUGGGGCCGAGAUCUGCGCGGAGCGAUCUCCGCAGCCACAAAGAGACUAUAUGCUUUUAGCCGGGAGAUCCCAUUACAGGGGGCACGCGCUUUAAAAUGGUUGAAACAAAAGCGUGAGAAGCUCCAGACCAGCCUUUCAGAUUGCAGCGACACGUUUUUCCAAAAUCCGACCUGGCUGUUUGCCGUAACUUUUAGCGGAUUCUCUGGCCAGCCGCGGGGGAAAUGGAGAAGAAAAGGUGGGAUUGCUCUGCUCUCCCCAAAGGCUGGAAAAUGGAAGAAGUGACCAGAAAGUCGGGUUUGUCAGCUGGGAAAAGCGAUGUCUAUUAUUUUAGCAGAGGAGAAGAGCAAGAUGAGGAUCAGAGGCAAGACAGGGGGGAGGCGGGUCGGUUGUAUAGCUUGUGUCCAUCUGGGAAGAAGUUUAGGAGCAAGCCUCAGCUGGCCCGUUACCUCGGUAACCAGAUGGACCUCAGCUCCUUUGAUUUUCGCACGGGGAAGAUGCUGAUGAGCAAACUGAACAAGAACCGCCAGAGACUGAGAUACGACAACAACAACCAGAACAAGGGCAAACCUGACUUAAACACGUCGCUGCCGGUAAGACAGACGGCCUCCAUUUUCAAGCAGCCUGUUACAAAGGUUACCAACCAUCCCAACAACAAAGUGAAGACGGAUCCUCAGAAAGCCGUCGAUCAGCCCCGACAGCUUUUCUGGGAGAAAAAGCUCAGUGGUCUUAACGCGUAUGACAUCGCAGAGGAGCUGGUGAAGACGAUGGAGCUGCCUAAAGGCCUGCAGGGUGUCGGGCCGGGCUGCACGGACAAAACGCUCCUGUCGGCCAUAGCGAGUGCCCUGCACACGAGCGCCGCUCCGAUCACGGGCCAGCUGUCUGCGGCGGUGGAGAAGAACCCAGGCGUGUGGCUGAACACCGCCCAGCCGCUCUGCAAGGCCUUUAUAGUCACAGACGAGGACAUCCGGAAACAGGAGGAGCUGGUGUACAGCGUCAGGAAGAGGCUGGAGGAGGCGCUGAUGGCCGACAUGCUGGCCCACGUCGAGGAGGCCGCCAGCGAGGGGGAGCCCCCGAAGGACGAGGGCAAUGGCAGCGAAGACAUGGAGACCGUAUAGCACAGGUUUGCUGUGAAGACCAAUUGGACUCAUUCACCCCCCCGCCCCCCAUCCCCAUCCUCACCCCCACCGUAAACACGAGCGUUAACCGUAGGAUUUCCAUUCCAGUGCGGCCCUGAAGAACUGUCCCUCGGUGUCCAGUCUAGGCGUUCACUCACUCCAGAAGACCCUCGGCCAGCCAUUUUAUUACAACCCGUGAUCGUCUCCACCAAGUGGGACUCGGUGACUGUAUUUAAGAGCGCAGAUGAUUUUUAAUUAGCAAAGCAGACAACUAUGAAUGACUUAAAUAUAUUCGAUAUAAUUUCCUUACAAUGUGUCAAAGAUGAGUGUUUAGUGUUAAAUGUAUUUUUUACUAAAACGUCUCGGAUGGAUUUGUGUUGUUUGUUUUUGUUGGCGACAAUCAUGUCAGAUCCAAAUGGUUCAGGUCAGCAGACAGCCGGCGUGUUUGCCCCCCCCCCCAGUUUGUUUCAGGCACCUUUUGAGGCGAAUGUUUUUUGUACUGUACUGCAUCCCUUUUUGGAAAUUUAAAGUGAACUGUCUCAGCUCAUCUUGUCAUACUUUGUAUUUAAAUGUCUUGUUGAAAUCAUGCUCAGUGUUGGUUAGAGAAAAGAGGUGUGUCUUUAAUUUUAUUUUUUUCCUUUAGCUUUCAGAGCAUUUGGUGGUUUGGUUUUGCUUAUUUUUUGUUUUUUAUCACUAAUCUGGGAGCUUAGAAACGUUUAAGAGUGCUUUUGUACAUUUUGGUUCUGCUUUUUUUUUUUUUUUUGGUGCGUCAUCACACACUCGCCGCCUCUUUUAAAAAUUCAUGCACAAAACCGGCGACGACAGAUGGGGUGGUUUCCAAGGAGAAAGGGUUUUACAGUUUCUGUGCUGGCUCACAACAUCCAGCUGAAAUCAUGAAAUGCCCCACCCAACCUGAGCGGGCCGAUUGCUGAAAUGUGUUAAAUAAAUAAAAAUGUCACUAUGGUACCAAACCUCUGCAUUUUGUUCUUAUGCACAUUUUACAUAGAGUACAGUACAAAUGCUUGGGGAGUUAAUUGGGACUAAUUGUGAAAAGCCAACAGAAAGUAGUGCAUAAUUGUUGUGGUUUUACAUAAUAAAAAUCUGAAAAGUG